UAUUGAUUUUAUUACUUUUGAAGUAGGUAUUUAUAGCUAUAAAUUUCCCUCUCUACAGUACUUUUACUGCAUCCCAUAAGUCUGGAUAUGUUGUAUUAAUGUUUGUUCAUUUUUUUCUUUCAGCACUUUGGAUGUGAUAUCCCUACAUAUUUUCUGGUGGUAAAUCAGCUGUUAAUAUUAUUGAUUAUUCCUUGUACAUGGGUCACUUCUCUGUUGCGGUUUUCAAGAUUGUCUCUUUGACUUUCAACUGUUUGAUUGUAAUGCAACUCUGUGAAUCUCUUUGAAUUGAUUCCACUUGGAGUUUCUUGAGCUUCUUGAAUGUGUAGAUUAAUUUUUUUUUAAUUUUGAAAAAUCAAAUUCAGGAAGAUUUUUACCAUUAUUUCUUUAAAUGUUCUUCCAUUCCCUUUCUCUCACUCCUGUCCUCUGGGAGUCCCAUUUGUACAUAUGUUGAUAUACUUAAUGGUGUUUCACAGGUCUCUUAGGCUCUGUUCAUUUUUUUUCCUCUUUUUUUCUCAAACUGGAUAACUUCAAUCAACUUUCUUCAAGUCUGAUGAUUCUUUUCAUGCCUGUUUGAAUCUGCUGCUGAGCUACUCUAUUGAAUUUUUCAUUUCAGUUAUUGUACUUUUCAAAUCUGGACUAUUCUCUAUUUGAUGAGACCCUCUCUUAGUUUCUUUAGUUCUUUCUCUAUGGUUUCCUUUGAACAUAUUUUUAAACAGCUGAUUUAAAAUCUUUGUCUAGUUAAGUCCAACAUCUGGACUUCCUCAGGUAUAGUUUCUAUUGAUUGCUUUUAUAUUUCACUGUGUAUUGUUUCUUCAUAUCCUUUGUAAUAUUUUGUUGAAAACUGCACUUUUUGAAUAUUAUGUGGGCAACUCUGGAAAUCAGAUUCUCCUCCCUCCCUAGGAUUUGUUGUUGUUGCUGCUUGUUGUACUUUUGGUCUUUGUUUUUUAGUGGCUUUCCUGAACUAAUUCUGUAAAGUUUGUAUUCUUUGCCAUGUAUGGCUACUGAUGUUUCUGGUCCGUUCAUUUAUUGGUUACCUAAUGAUUUGGACAGAGAUUUCCUUAAACACCUGGAACCAAAAAUUCUUAGAGCUUUUGCCAACAGUCUCUCUGUGAGUGUUGAGGCAUACAUUUAGCAUCUAGUCUGGAAGUUUACAGCUCUGUCCUAAGCUUCAUGUUAUCCUUAUGCAGAGUCUCAAGGUCUGCCAGUAAUGAGAGUGUAGGGCUUCUUGGGUCUUUCUCGAGCAGGUACACAGCUCUGGGCAUGUAAAUAGCCUUCUAUACUCCAGGAAAUAUUUAGGAGCUCUUCAAAGUUCUUCAUUCCUUACUCUUUCUUUUCAAGCUUCCAGGUUAGUCUGUUGUUUGCCCAGCUGUUAUCCAUUGCCUCAGGCAGCUGUGGCUAAAAUAUUUCCUAGUAAUUGUUUUUGACAAAUGUUCCUGGGUAGUGGCUUUAGUACUAGUUGAGUUUUGAGUCAAGUGAGAUGAAGAUAGCCUUUCAAGCAGUCUUCCAAAGAGUCACUAGUAGGUCAAAUAAUGACAAUUCUUUGUGAAUGGGGUUUGUUCUGUUCUCUCUGGUAUUGAGAAUGUGGACCAUUAUUUUCAAGGCUGUUACUGAGCUGGGGAGUGGGUGGUUGGACUAGGGUAAGUUAAAACACCACUAAGCUAACCAUUCUAACAUAGAUUUAGCUGUUUUUCUUGAGUAAGUGCUCCCUGUGUUAUUGCAAGCCUUUGGUUAAUUUCCAGAUUCCUGUCAAAACUGAUUCUUACAGUUUUUGACAUUUUUUUCAUUGCUUUCAUGGAGGGACAUACUUUUUGGAGUUCCUUACUCUACCAUUUUGCUGAAGUCCUAACCAUACCAAUACUGGACAUUUGAAGAUGUUAUGCAGUAUUUCAAGCAAUUUCAUAUCCAUUUUCUCAUUUCAUUCUUAUAACAGAAUUUGAAGUCAAGAAGUAAAUAUGCCUUUUAUAGAUGAGGAAUUUGAGGUGUCCUGCAUGAAGCUACUCUGUCUUCCCAGCUCAUCUGUCAUAAUUGUGAUUAAUCUGUUUUCAUAGGUAGACCAUGAACUGCAAGACAGAAUAGAUAAUGCUAUUUGUACUAUUAGCAUAAUUCUUAGAACAAAGUACAAAUUUUGGAAUUAAAAAAAAAGAAUAAUGAAUAAAGUUUAACACAUGAGACCUCUUUCCUGAUGAAUGGAUUCAUGAAAUCCUACAGUGUUAGACCUGAAAGUGUCCUCACGGGCUAUAUCGGGAGGGAAACGAUGGUGUAGGACUUAGUGUCUUCCCUAAUGUUUCAACAAAACCAACUCCACAUUAAUUUUUUCUCCCCAUGUUCUUUUAACAAAUAUUAAUUGAGCUCCUACUCUGCCCCAGGCCUUGCACUAGUAGCUAAGAACUUAGAAAUUAAUAAGACAAACUCCUUGUCAUGAAAUUUACAUUUGUGAGACAAAGAAUGAGUAUAUAAUUUCUAGAAUUAAAUGUAAAAAAACCCCAGAAAAACAAAGAAAAGCAAAACAAGGCAGGGUAAGGUAGGAAGGGCACUGGAAGACACAGAAUUAUUUUAGAUAGUUUUAACAGAGAUGUCUUUUCUCAGACAUGAUAUUUAGGCAAAGAUAUGAAGGAAACGAAGGAUCAGGCCAUCUGAGAAUGUAGGGGCAGUGUUAUAAGCAGAGGAGCAGCAAAUGCCAAGACCCUGAGGUGGGAGAGAGUUCAGCCUGAUCCAGAAGGAAUGAGAAGGCAGGCAUGGGCUGAGCAAGGGCUGAGUGCCAUGUGUGAGAGAGGUGGAGAUCAACCAGGUCAGCUCAUGGGCUGCCUUGGUAGAUUUUCUUUGAGUAAAUAGUUCUAUGGAUAAAGAAAAAACUGAAAAAUACUCAGUUUUAUAUUAUAAUUUGUGAUUAUUUACUUGCUCCCUUUUUUGACCUUUAAAAAAACCUGAAGUUUAGUUAAUUUACAAUGUUGUGUUAGUUUCAGGUACACAACAAUAAUAUAUACAAUAUAUAUUCUUUACCAUUAUAGGUUAUCACAAGAUAUAUAGUACAGGAUAUCUUGUGAUAUACAGUAGGUCCUUGAUGUUUAUCUAUUUUAUAUAUAGUAGUGUGUAUAUGUUAGUCCCAAACUCCUAAUUUAUCUCUCCACCCUGCACCCCAUCCUCUCUUCCAUCUUUUCCUCUCUUUCUUCAUUCCUUCCUUUUCUUAUCUUUCUUACUUUUCUUUCUUUCUUUCUUUGUGUUACCCACCAACAAAGGGAUCUGGACCAUGUUCUCUUUACCUGUGAUAAACACAGCACCUGGCACAUAAGAAUACUCAAAUGAUAUUUUUGAAUAAGUGAGGAAAUUGAGACCUGAAAGGUAAAGUAGCAUUUUCAAGGCCACACAGCUUGUUAGUGGCAGAACCAGAGCUGGACCUAUAUUUAGUUCAGUUUCCGCUACUUUACCACAUCCCUUGCACGGAAUCAAAAACAGAUCCAAAGAAUUUUGCAAUUAGCGUAGCUUGUCAUUUCCUGCUACUGCCUCCAAGUAUAGUCUAGUCACCCAAUCACGCAGCUAAGUCAUUAGCAAAAGAGUACUUGUCGUUUCAUUGAGUCAGGUGAAAGCUUUCAUGGUGACAGUCAGCAUCAAAGAUACAAUGUGUUGUAAAGAACCAAAAGGUAUGUUUUGGGAGGCAGGGUGGAGGGGCUGGACCAUUGGUACAGUGUCCCAGGUCAGGGAAGGGUGACUUAGCUGCAAACCUUCCUUAGUGAAGGAAGAGAGAGAAAGGAAAAAUAGCAUCAAGAAAUUGUCAAAGUAAAAAUGCCACAUUUACUACUUUGCAGAUGCAGAGGCCAGAAAGCAGACAGAAUCAGAACACACAUUGUUAAAAUGACCCAUAAUGCUUUGGAGAACAAUAAUGUGACUGGCCUAGGCUUGAAGCAUCUCUUUCAACACCAGCACAGGAGGUCAUCUGUGUCUCCACACGAUGUGUGGCGAAUUCAGGUAGACCCGAGCCUGAAAUGGAUCUGGAAAGCAAGAACGCAUGUGCUAAGAUUGAUGGUGUCUCCACCCACCCCACAGCUCUGAAUGAGUCCUACAGCAGAUCCAACUGCCAUCCAAGAUAAAGGAAGAGAUGAAUUUUCAUAGUAGGUGGGGCAAGCCAGAGACCGCAAGGGGAAGUCACCAAAUCAAUAGGAAUAGGAGAUCUGGCCAGAAGAUGGCAGUUGUUAUAGUCAGGCCAGCCCAAGUCUCUAGCUAUGACUGAUGCUUCUAGCAGCUUAACUGUGACGGAAAUAGCUUGUGUUGCUGCUGCAUUUCAACCAAGAAUAAAUGGAGUAGUUGGAAGUAAGUAGCCUUGCCCAGACUUCCACUCGCAUUGAUGGCAGCAUCCAAUGGAUUCCAUGGAUGGAAUAUGAGAUGCUCAGUGCACAAAGGCUGCUAUCGCUCACCUGCACCAGAAGACCCUGAAGUUUACAUAACAGAUCGAGGUUGUACAAACAUCCCAGAGGACAACGCUGAUGACUAGUUGAAACUUGCCAGCAGUGCAGACAAGCAGCAGGCCACCCACAUCAAGCAGGUCUUUGAAGAACCAGAAAUCUACUCAAAUCUUCUUCCAGCUACAAAAGAAGCUUAAGUGCUACCACUGGAAGUUUUGGGAGAUGGAGUGGGAUGGGAUCUCAUGGCAACCACAGGACAUCUUAGGGACAUGCACCAGGGUCUGAAGGGUGUGGAAGUGAAGGUGGCUGGCUUCAGUGAGAGUGUGGUCAGCUUAACAAAGGUCAAGAAGCUUUCCAGCUUCUCCCAGCAGCCACUCAGGGGUGGGGGCCGUGAUCUCAAAGCCUGAGGAGAUCAUUUGACUAGUUGGAGCAAAUUUGACAGUGUGGGCAUCUCUCAAACUUGAUGCCCAAAGGAAUCAUGUAAUUUUAGAGCUUGAAGGGAUCUUAGAGGUUCUUAGAGAUUAUGGCAAAGCCGAAUCCCAGAGAAGGUAGGCAAGCUGUACACCAGCACACAGACAAGAGCAGGGUAGAAAUUUGAGCCCAGCAUGUUGGCCUUCCAGCCUAGUCCUGGAGCCUCUUUACCCAACAGAAUGUAGAAUGGAGGAAUACAAAGUUGGAUGCAAACGAUCAACUGGCAUGCUGAAUUGAUAAAGUGAAGACUUUUGAGGACCAAGUGUUGAUUGUUGACCAGUAGACAGACUCUGGGCCACUGCUAGCGUUUCAUUCGUCUAAAGGCACCCCUUCCUCUGGGUAGACUCAGGCCACAGGAAGGCCAUCAGCUUGGCAUGAGGUGUGUGGGCAGGGCUUCGGCCUCUGCAUGCCUUCUUGUCUGGGUAGUUUGUGUAGGAUACACCCUGGACAGACUCGUCCAGCAGCCUGGCGAAUUAGGGACAAGUUACAAGGAAGCCCUUGAUGUAGGAGGAUAGUGCAGGGAGUCAGGGAGCUUUGGAUACUCUUUGGUAUCCAUAGCCCAGUUCUGUGUACUCUUGUCCAGCUAAUGGGGUCAGAACUCAGGUGUGCCCCCUUGAGGCUGGAGGACUUCACACUGUUACCUGACCUGGUUCCACCAGGGUGUGUAGCUGAGUUCUGUGACUGUCACGGCUUAAACCACAAAACUGAGAGACUGUAACCAGAAGCCUCUCUUCCCCGCUGUUGCCUCCGAUACCAGAAUGCAUCUCUCCCCUCUAUUGGGUGCUUAGGGCCAGUUCUAGUUGCUUUCCUGGCUAGAGGUGGCACUGAGGCCUGCUGCCUAGGACCUGGGGCUGCAACACACUGCCAAGCCUUUGCUCCCAGCUGUCCCCAUUGUCAAUCAGAAAAGUAGAAGCAGGGUCUGGCCGCACAACCAUCUUGUCUCUCUAAGACCAGGGCAGUUCGCUUCUACCACUGGGCCUUCCAUACGGCCUCUCCGCACCUCCUGCCACCUACUCCAAGGAGUUCCAUCCUCUUGCAGGGCAAGGCUCACCUAUUUCCUGCCUGAGCAUCACUCAGAUGCAGAGUAGCUGCAUUAUUGUCUUCUCCUCAUGGGUUCCAGGAGACAAUCUCCCCACGGAAAAUAGUCUGAGCUUGGAAUUCUACCAAAGCACAGACUAUUCUGCCUGGUGUCUUUAAUACAUACACAGAGAGUCUUCUAAAGAACCGUAUCCACCAGUAGACUGUUACACCAGUAACAGGCUCUGGUCCUCAGGUGGAGAUUUUUUUUUUUUGCACAGGCUCCGGACGCGCAGGCUCAGCGGCCAUGGCUCACGGGCCCAGCCGCUCUGCGGCAUGUGGGAUCUUCCCGGACCGGGGCAUGAACCCGUGUCCCCUGCAUCGGCAGGCAGACUCUCAAGCACUGCGCCACCAGGGAAGCCCCUGAGGCUUAGGAUGGAGCUUGGAUACUGGACCCCAAGGACGCUUGCAGGGACAAUCUGACUCAUUAAGGGAAAGCUGAGUACCAGCAGAAAGGGGAGACCUCAGCCUAACGACAUCUCCCCAGAGGAAUUCCCAGGAGUGUUGCUCAAGGCUUCACCUGGCCAGAUGGAGGUCGACAUGGGGGUCAUGGAUGAGAAUGCCACAAACACCUCAACCAACUAUUUUUCUCUGCUUGACCCCCACGGAACCCAAGCUGCUUUCUUCCCAUUCAACUUCAGCUAUGGCGACUAUGAUAUGCCUUUGGACGAAGAUGAGGAUGUGACCAAUUCCCGGACCUUCUUUGCUGCCAAAAUUGUCAUUGGCAUGGCGCUGGUGGGCAUCAUGCUGGUUUGUGGUAUUGGCAACUUCAUCUUCAUCGCGGCCCUGGCCCGCUACAAGAAGCUGCGCAACCUCACCAAUCUGCUCAUCGCCAACCUGGCCAUCUCUGAUUUCUUGGUGGCCGUCGUCUGCUGCCCCUUCGAGAUGGACUACUACGUGGUACGUCAGCUCUCCUGGGAGCACGGCCACGUGCUGUGCGCCUCUGUCAACUACCUGCGCACUGUCUCUCUCUACGUCUCCACCAACGCCCUGCUGGCCAUCGCCAUCGACAGAUAUCUGGCCAUUGUCCACCCGCUGAGACCCCGCAUGAAGUAUCAAACAGCCACUGGCUUGAUUGCCUUGGUGUGGAUGGUGUCCAUCCUCAUUGCGAUACCGUCAGCCUACUUCACCACUGAAACGGUCCUCCUCGUUGUCAAGAGCCAGGAGAAGAUCUUCUGCGGCCAGAUCUGGCCAGUGGACCAGCAGAUCUACUACAAGUCAUACUUCCUCUUCAUCUUCAGCAUUGAGUUCGUGGGCCCGGUGGUCACCAUGACCCUGUGCUAUGCCAGGAUCUCCCGGGAACUCUGGUUCAAGGCUGUCCCUGGUUUCCAGACUGAGCAGAUCCGGAAGCGGCUGCGCUGCCGCCGGAAGACGGUCCUGGUGCUCAUGUGCAUCCUCACCGCCUACGUGCUGUGCUGGGCGCCCUUCUACGGCUUUACCAUUGUGCGUGACUUCUUCCCCACCGUGUUUGUGAAGGAGAAGCACUACCUCACGGCCUUCUAUGUGGUUGAGUGCAUCGCCAUGAGCAACAGCAUGGUCAACACCGUGUGCUUCGUGACCGUCAAGAACAACACCAUCAAGUACUUCAAGAAGAUCAUGCUGCUCCACUGGAAGGCUUCUUACAGCGGGAGUAAGUCCAGUGGGGACCUUGACCUCAAAACCACGGGGGUGCCUGCCACUGAAGAGGUGGACUGCAUCAUACUGAAAUAACCCCAGGACAGGACCUUUGGGACCCUGAGCAGUGUGCUUAGGUACACGCUAUCAACCAAGAACACUUGGUGUGUUGCAUAGGGCAAAGCAAAUGGACAAAUAUGUCAACGUUGUGUUCAGGGAGCUCAGAAUCUCUAAAACGGGUGUGAUUAGACACCAUCACCAGUGGCUGACAUUCAUUGAACAUCUAGUUUGUGCAAAGAGUAGGCACUGGUGAAACCUAUAUAUGUUGACGAUAUUUAAUAGGCAAAAAGAAGUAACGAUAAAACCAAGAAAAAUGUUGGGAGAUAGCCUGGAAUAAUGGGGUUUCCAGAAGGGAGCCUAAGUAGGCAUCUAAGACUGUGGUGCAUGUGUCUGUAGGGUGAGGGUCUCUCUGGACCAUCUAAGUUACUCAUCAGACACUGAUGUAGCCCAUCUCUGGGAUUGUUCCUAGGCUUGAGUUCACUCCUAACAUUUGCAGGGCUGGGGCAAGAACACAAAGCAGGCUUCUGGCUCUUUCUGCAACUUUCUCUUCUCAUCCUUGGUCCUGAUUCUCACCCUGGGCACCCAGGAAAGAAAAGAACAUACAAAUGGUUGGUGGGGGGGACCCAACAAUGAGAUUCAGUGACUCUACAGGCUUACUGAGGGCUCGUCCCUCUUUCUAAUCCACCUCCUUUGUUUGGUGUUUUGAAUUUGGAAUUUGGAAAUUUGGGAUCAGAAUAUCUGAUCCAGCCUUGGCUCCAUCACCUGUGUGAGUCUGGGUAAAGCCUCUUGGUGGGGACAAAGAUGAUACCUGUGGUAGCUACCAAUGGGGUGGUUGUGAAGAGCCAAUGAGAUAAUAUAUGGGAAAACUCUUUCAACCAUGCAAGCAAUCAAAAGAAUGGACUAACAGCUGUGUGUAGAGCCCAGGAGAAGGAAAGACUUGUCACCUUAGCUUAUGUAUCUAGAAACCUCACCAUCUCCCCCUUUCAUUAUUCUUUGUGUGAAUAUUCCCUUGCUCCUCUCAGCAGUGCUAUGUAUGCAUUAUGUGCCUAAUAGCAUAAUGGUACAACAAGGUAGUGAAAUUUGGUGGCAGAAUUAUAAAAGGAGAUGGUAGCUUGGUCUCCAGGCAGAAGAUGAGCUCAGGGUUUUAGAAACUUCAGAAUCAGAGCAUCUUUGUGAUCAUGGAAGUGUCAACCAUGCCUGUUCCUAACCAGUGUGAAUCUGGGCUAUGUGAUACUUGUUUCAUAGUCUGGUUUUAUUUUCAUGAGUGUGUAUAGCUAUAGAGCAGAUUCGUCCUUUACUUCUUAAAUAAUUCUAGAGCAGUACAUCUAUAAUGCUAUUUAAGUGACAUGUGUAUGGUGUUUCCCCCUCCAAACAUAGUCAACUCUUUAUUGACAACAAAGUUUAUUUUUCUAAUAGUUACUGUAUUUCCCUGGAAGACACAUUUCAAAAACCUAUUUAUUUCUUCUUAUUCAUCAUCCAGCAGACUUACCCUAUGGUUUAACCGGAAUACUCUCAGAGGAUAAAAACUAAUUAAAAUAUUAGCCUAAAGCCAACGUGCUUUGGAAGGUAAUUCUUCUAAUUUUUUUUAAUAAAAUCGCAGAUUGCAUUCUAAAAUUAGGAAAGUUAGUUUUUGGACUGAACAAUAAUAAAAUGAUAUAAUUUGUGGUCAUGUUCAUCUUUUCCAUUAGGAAUACUAAACGUGAGUUGACUGUAUUAAAUAGGAAUUUUUUACAUGUGACAACCAAACCUCUUUCUGAUUUUCAGCCUAAAAUAUCAAAUUUUCACUUGUUUGCCUGUCUAUAAUAUUUCUAGAUAUUGUGUCUGUUCGUGAUUGUACAGUGAAUGAAAGUGUUGUUAUCAAGUGAAAUAAAACAAUCUCUCUAUAUAAUCAUU